AUGGAGGAACCUCAGACUGACUGGCAGGCACAAGCUGACGCCGCUGUAAACGUCUCCGACCCUAUGUACGCCUCCAUACCAGACGCCACACCCAUGGAGCAGGAGCAGGCUGAUUCGCAGGACCUUGCCCACGCCGCUGCGAGCGGAAACAACCCUGCGUUCGAUCCAGCAGCAGCUGUCGGCGUGGUACUUCUGUCCGUGGACCGUUAUCUGGCCAUCCUACAUCCGAUAUUCUAUCAGACCCGCAUGUCACGUCAACACGCAGCCGUGAGUUUGGGGAUCGCGUGGCCAGUCUGUGCGAUUGCCUGCCUGUCUCCUCUCAUGGGCUGGAACUGCAUCGAAAUUGAAACAGAACAUUGCCUGAGAAACGCACCUGUGAACUACCUAAUCCUAAUAAAUACCAUUUUAGCCGUUGCUGUAGUAACCGUGGUCUUCGUCAACGUAAGAAUUUUCAUCGCACUGAAGCAGCGAUUCUCCCGAGCGGGACCCCUCGAGCAGCCUCGGGAGAAUCUGCCCGCCGCCCGUCGCAGGGAACAACGAGUUGCCGCGAGAGAGCAGCGGCAGCUGAAACUCAGCCUGAAGACGGCGGUAACUGUUGUGAUGAUUGCAGCCAUGUUUAUCGUCAUUUGGCUGCCAAUUUGUAUCGGCUUCAUCAGAGGCAUCUCCUGUCACGCCGACGAGAACUGUGAGGCAGAAGCGAGGCCUUACUGGGGGUUGCUGAUCGCGUUCUGCGGUUCAGUGGUGAACCCGGUCAUCUACGCGUUCAGGAUGAAGAAGAUUCGAGAGGCCUUGCUGCGGAGAGGAAGACGACUAACACGCGGUGUUCGCGACAGUUUAGGCUGGUGGUCAUCAAACCGAGUAGUGAACAUUCAAAUCGUUGGAAAUGUUGGAGGGGAUCUAUAG